ACAGCAGAAAAAAGAAUUCAGAAGUUGUGUUUGCUUUAUUUAUUUUAUUGUUGAAAUAUGGCUUGGUGGGGAUAAUACACUCCAGCAGUGGAUUGCUUAAUGGUGCGUCAAUUGUGUAAGCAGACAGUAUUUGCUAUGCAAAAUUGUCCCCUGUUUGAUCUCUGUUGGCGACAUCCUCCCUUAGCCACUCCACCUCUGCGGUUAAGGGACUUUUGUGGUACAACCCUGUCUGAAUUUCUUUCCAAACUUCCCUGCUGUGUAUUUCAUUUGUUUUCUCUGCUUUUUUCUGUUUUUUUAAAUCACUGGAUUAGCUUUAGCUGCCUGCCCAGGUUUACUUAACAUAUCUCUACAUUUCUCGCUGUGUAAUAACUAAGAGGCGUUAGCAGCCCUGAAGGUUAUUGUAACAGAUACAGCAAAUUUAAAUAAAUAAAAGAGGGAAGGGAUAAGAGGCUAGCCAUCAACGAGGCAGCGGUGGGGGCUGGGGGGUGGUCUAGAGGCAAACAGAAAGGAAAAAUAAUGACCUAACCUUCAUGUUAUUUGGGUAGGUGUUAAACUGGAAAGGGAGGUGAACUGUCAGUUGUUGAUUCCUAGGCGUGAAGUUACAUUUGUCUCUGCAGAAAAGUGGAUCUAAUCUGGAGGAGGAUCGUAAACGAAGGGGUGAAAUCCAGCAGAUUCUGACGGGUUCUGGAGAACUGGUAGCGGAAAUUUUGAGUAGUUCCGAGAACUGGCAAAUACCAUCUCUGGCUGGCCCCAGAGUGGAGAGGGAGUGGAGAUUUUGCAAUAUCCCCUUCCCCCAGGAGUGGGAUCGAUCAACUGAAAAUUAAUUGGAUGAACAGCUCAAACUCUUAAGGAAACACUACAGUUGAGCUCUAGAUGGGUUGAAUUUGACGUAAAACAAUUCAGCGUUUAAAAAGCCUUGCCGAGUGGGUUAAAACUUCCUUCCUGGUUACCCGAAGACUUCCGUUGCCUCCACUGAUGAGAAAGGAAGCCAGAAAAACAGAACAUCACAGCCCGAAGGAGCCACUUUUCAUGGUUGUGACUUGUUGCCAUUUUAAAAUAGAGCAGGAUUCAAAACUAUACAAAUGAGGCUUCGGCAGAAAUUCAGUUCCUGGUUCCCAGUCAGACUGCCUGUGGCAUGGAGCUGGAGAGCAACGAUCAAGCUGUGGUUAUGAGAGAUGACAACAAGCGACGCAGGAGGAGGAGGAUGAAGCCCUACUGUACAGCCAACACGUUGUCGUCCACGGAACUCAUCUCUAUCGAGUUUGUGUUCCCCACAACCAGCAUCGUACUCGACGUCCCUACCAACUGCACGGUGGAGCAGAUGAAAACCCAGGUCUGGAUGCGGGCAGUGGAAGGCCACCAGACCUCAGACCUCUUCCGCAAGAUCACGCCGGAACAAUUUCUCCUCCUGUAUCAGAAGAAGGGCCAGUGGUAUGAAAUCUACGACAAGCACCAGAUCAUUCAGACGCUGGAUUGCAUCUUAUAUUGGAAAGUUUUGCAGAAGAAAGUGGGCAAGAUCCACGUGGUGGAGAAGACCAACCCCCCCGAGGAAGUGCAAGAGUUCCAAAAACGGCUCAAUUAUUUGAUUGGCUAUGACGUCACCGAUGUGAGCAAUGUGCAUGACGACGAGCUCGAGUUUGCCCGCCGUAGGCUGGUCACUCCGCGGACGAUUGAAGUCUCCUGCCGGGAUCCCAAAUUGUAUUCCAUGCCCGCUUGGACUACAUCCAAGCCGCUUCCGGAAUAUUUGCUGAGUAGAAUUGCCCACAAUAAUAUUUUUCUCAACAUCCACAGAGGAACCACCAGCCAGAAGAUUAAAGUGGCGGUGGAUGAUACGCCGGACGUCAUCCUCCAGAGCUUCUUCACGAAAAUGGCGAAGAAGAAGUCUUUGAUGAACAUUCCCGAAGACUACAGCGAGCAGGAUUUUGUCCUGCGAGUGAGUGGCAGGGAUGAGUACAUUGUAGGUGAGACACCCAUCAAAAACUUCCACUGGAUAAGACAGUGUCUGAAAAAGGGGGAUGAAAUCCAUCUGGUCUUAGAUGAACCACCGGACCCGAACCAGGAUGAAGUUCAGAAGGAAGAAUGGCCCUUGGUUGACGAUUGCACUGGAGUUUCGGGAUAUCACGAGCAGCUCACCAUUCACGGGAAAGACCAUGAAAAGGUGUUCACCAUAUCUUUGUGGGAUUGCAACCGUAAGUUCAGGGUCAAGAUCAUCGGCAUGGAUAUCCCCGUCUUACCGAGAAACACGGACCUUACGGUCUUUGUGGAGGCUAACAUUCAACACGGCCAACAGCUCCUUUCCCAGAGGAGAACAACCGCUAAGCCCUUCACCGAAGAGGUUCUGUGGAAUGUUUGGCUUGAGUUUGACAUCAAGAUCAAGGACCUUCCAAAAGGAGCCUUGCUCACCCUGCAGAUAUAUUGCGGCAAAACUCCCGUGCCAUCCGCCAAGGGUAACCUCCACCCUCACGACUCACCUUCCUCUGACCCCAAAUACAAAACUCAGCUUCUCUACUAUGUCAACCUUUUGCUGAUAGACCAUCGCUCCCUGCUCCGAACGGGGGACUACGUCCUUCACAUGUGGAAAAUCCCGGGCAAAGGGGAAGAGCAAGGAAGCAUCAGCGCGGAUAAACUGACCUCGGCCACCAAUCCGGAUAAAGAAAACUCAAUGGCCAUUUCGAUCGUUUUGGACAAGUACUGUCACCCCAUCGCCUUGCCGAAACACAAGAUCGCAUCUGAUCCCCAAGGGGACCGGGCCAGAUUUGAAAUGCCAAACCAGCUGCGGAAACAGCUGGAGGAGAUCAUAGCGACCGAUCUGCUCAACCCGCUCACCCCCGAAGACAAGGAAUUGUUGUGGCAUUUCAGGUACGAAAGCAUAAAGCACCCAAAGGCCUACCCUAAGUUGCUCAGCUCGGUGAAAUGGGGACAGCAGGAACUAGUUGCCGAAACUUACCAACUGCUAGCGAAACGAGAGGCGUGGGACCAGAGCGCUUUGGACGUUGGCUUGCCCAUCCAGCUUCUGGAUUGCAACUUCUCGGAUGAAACCGUGAGAACGAUGGCGGUGCAGAAGUUGGAAGGCUUAGAAGACGAUGAUGUUCUCCAUUACCUCUUGCAGCUGGUGCAGGCAGUCAAAUUUGAGCCUUACCAUGACAGUGCCCUCGCUCGAUUUCUUCUAAAGCGCGGUUUGAGGAACAAGAGGAUCGGACACUUCCUGUUCUGGUUUUUGAGAAGCGAGAUUGCUCAGUCCAUGCACUACCAGCAAAGGUUUGCCGUGAUCUUAGAAGCCUAUCUGAGAGGUUGUGGCAAAGCAAUGCUGAAGGACUUCCUCAGGCAGGUCCAAGUGACGGAGUUGCUGCACAAGGUCACCAGGGAGAUCAAAGCUAUUUCUGCAGAGAAGUACGAUGUCACCCCACAAGUCAUCACGCAGCUCAAACAAAAACUUGAGAGGCUACAGGACAACAGGUUUCCAGAAUGUUUUAGAGUCCCCUACGAUCCCGGAUUGAAAGCAGGAGCGCUGGUGAUCGAAAAAUGUAAAGUAAUGGCCUCCAAGAAAAAGCCCCUGUGGCUGGAAUUCAAAUGUGCGGAUCCAACCUCUCUGUCCAGCGAAACCAUUGGCAUUAUCUUCAAACAUGGUGAUGAUCUGAGACAGGAUAUGCUCAUUUUACAGAUACUUCGAAUCAUGGAGUCCAUAUGGGAAGAAGAGUCCUUAGAUUUAUGCUUAUUACCCUACGGAUGUAUUUCUACAGGGAAUAAAAUAGGAAUGAUUGAAAUUGUAAAGGAUGCUAAUACAAUUGCCAAAAUCCAGCAAAGCACAGUUGGAAACACUGGGGCCUUUAAAGACGAAAUACUAAACCAGUGGCUUAAGGAGAAGUGUGUAAUUGAAGAAAAGUUUCAGGCAGCCGUGGAGCGGUUUGUGUAUUCUUGUGCAGGAUACUGCGUGGCAACCUUUGUACUUGGCAUAGGAGACAGGCAUAAUGACAACAUUAUGAUCACAGGGUCAGGUAAUCUCUUCCAUAUCGACUUUGGCCAUAUUCUUGGAAAUUACAAAAGCUUCCUUGGAAUUAAUAAGGAAAGAGUUCCUUUUGUCUUGACACCCGAUUUCCUUUUCGUCAUGGGGACAUCUGGAAAGAAAACAAGUCUGCGGUUUCAGAAUUUUCAGGAUAUUUGCGUCCGGGCUUACCUCGCUCUUCGGAAACACACCAAUCUUCUCAUUAUCCUCUUUUCGAUGAUGCUGAUGACGGGGAUGCCCCAGCUGACCAGCAAGGAGGACAUUGAAUAUAUCCGUGAUGCGCUGACGGUCGGCAAACACGAAGAGGACGCGAAGAAGUAUUUUCUAGAUCAGAUCGAAGUUUGUCGGGACAAAGGCUGGACGGUGCAGUUCAACUGGUUCCUCCAUCUUGUGCUCGGGAUCAAACAAGGCGUUGAAAAGCAUUCUGCCUAAAUAUGGUAUUACGGUACAGGUCGUCCUAAACAUACGACCACCCCAGAGGCCAAAAUUUUAAGCGAGACAGUUGUUAAGUGAGCUUUGCCCCAUUUCACCACCUUUUGUUCCGACCCAGCUCCCCAAACACGUCAAAUCCUCUGAAGUUUAAUUCAAAAGAUUCCUUUAUUAGGAGCGCUGGCUGCCCCGGCAAAAUGUUUCUCAACGCUGGCUGACAGGUCCGUCUAGCCGGAAGAUGAAUAGUUGUCUGCCACACUUAUUCAUCUCUGCCCCCUGCCUUUUAUCCCCAGAGCUAGGGUGGGGCUUUGCUAGCAGCGGUGGCUCUUCCGUCCCAAGGACUGGCUCAUAGAUUUCCACUGCUCUCCUCUCCUCUCCCUUCUGCGCAUCAGGCACUGAACCCAGUUUUUCCUCCUCUUCCUCAUCAGCCACCUCCAGAGCUGGGGGCUGCUGACUCUCCAUCUGAGAGCUGAGAGACAGCCCAAGCUCCACCUCUCUCUUUUUCUCUCUCUGCCAACUCCAUUCCCUCUUCCCGCUUGGAGCUCUCAGGUUGCCUUGAUGCUGACCCUAACUCCCACGCCUCCUCCUCCUCCUCCUCUGAUUUGGCUGCUGGGGGGCCGGCGGUCGAUAGGUUUGAACCAAUAGCUUUUUUUUUUAACUACCGGUUUGUCCGAACCGUAGAUUUUAGCUACCGGUUCGCCUAAACCAGAGCGAACCGGUAGCAUUUCACCCCUGCUUCCAACUCUGUUAUUAUGUACGUACUUGGCAACUUUAAGACUUGGUGAAUUCCCAGCAUAGUUGGCUGAGGAAUUAUGGGAGUUGAAGUCCACAAGUCUUAAAAAGUUGCCAUAUUUGGAGACCCCUGGUGUAGUAAAUGCAGUGGGAACUUCAAAAGGUUUUACUACAAUGAUAUUUGGUCUCUUGAAGAGAUACCGUCCAAGGGCUUCUUAUUUUACCACGUCUUUAAAAAUGCGAAACUUAUUUUUUUCCCCCAGGAAUAUUUUUUAAAAUAAUUAUUCAAAUAAAUACUAGUGCCAUAAUUCCUGGAGAAACAAGAGGUGCCUCUGGCAAUUAGCCUUAUUCACUGUAUAUAUUUAGUUUUCGAUCUCUUCUUGCUCUGUCAAACACCUUUUACAUUCUUUUAAAAUUCAACGUGCUCUGUUAGGUCAUUUAAAACUUAAAUGUUCAUUUAGUUUUAAAACUCAAAGAUCCAUAAAACUCAAAGAUCCAUUUUAAUCUACAGACGGUUUAUAUGCUCUAUGGAUUUGUGGGCCAAAUCAAAAAAAUUUACAUAUUCAUGGCAGUAUGGUGCUUUGGCUCUUUUUAUAUUUUAUAAUUUUUGUUUUUUUUUAAAAAGGUAUUUAUUUUCUAAAAUGGGGCAAUUCCUCUUUUUACCUCCAUUCAUCCUGAUAAUUCACAAGGACUACUGCAUCUUUGCAUGGAGAAUCUAUUGCUCUAACUAAACUCAUAAUGCGUUCUCUUGAUGGUUAGAACAAUUAAUUGAUGGAACGACUUGUCUCCAGAAGUUGUGGGUGCUGCAACAUUGGAGGUUUUUAAGAAGAGAUUGGAUAGCCAUUUGUCUGGAAUGGUAUCGGGCUGUGAUGGCGAACCUAUGGCACGCGUGCCCAGUGGCACAUGCAGCCUUGCCAAUUUGUCUUCCAGAUUUUUGGUGCGCAUGCAUGUACCCUGACCAGCUGUCCUCUGCGCAUGCGGCAGUGCCGAAAACCAGUGUGCGCAUGUACGCUGACCAGCUGAUUGCCAGAACCUGGAAGUUCAGCUUUUCCGGAACACGAUCCAUUCACACGUGCGGCAGUGCCAAAAAUCAGCCUGCGGAUGUGCGCUAAUCAGCUGAUUGUCGGGUGCGCAUACGUUCUAGAACCCGGAAGUUUGGGUUUUCCAGACCGCAGCCCUGACGAGUGCGCGUGUGUGUGCCGUUUCUGCACGACCUUUUUGGCACUUGGUGCCGAAAACGUUCGCCAUCACUGGUAUAGGAUUUUUUUUUUUUAAUUUACAUUUAUAUCCCGUCCUUCUCCGAAGACUCAGGGCGGCUUACAGUGUAUAAGGCAAUAGUCUCAUUCUAUUUGUAUAUUUACAAAGUCAACUUAUUGCCCCCCCAACAAUCUGGGUCCUCAUUUUACCUACCUUAUAAAGGAUGGAAGGCUGAGUCAACCUCGGGCCGGGCUUGAACCUGCAGUAAUUGCAGGCUGCUGUGUUCUAAUAACAGGCUUCUAACAGCCUGAGCUAUGCUUGAGCAGGGGGUUAGACUAGAAGACCUCCAAGGUCCCUUCCAAUUCUGUUUAUUCUGUUCUUCUGGUAUGAAUUUUGACUGACUUGAAUUGUAACAAUGAUGAUUAUACCUUGCGUGUGCACUUGUUUCUCCAAAGCAAAUACAACUUGAAGUAUAUUUAUUUAUAUGUGUGGUGCAACAUGUCAUCUCAUUAAUAUGUCAAUUAAAAGAAGCAGUAACAGUAUAUGAAAAAUUUGCCGGUGUAACCUACUCUUCUUUGGACAUAGAUAAGAGCUGAAAAGAUUGCUGGGUAUUAUAAAGACUUUUUAAAAACGUUUCCGUUUCCUUAGGGAGUGUGUAACUACUUAAACGUUUGAUUCCAUCAUCCCUAGCCACAGUCCACACUGCAACGGAUAGAAAGCUAAAUCCAAAAUUGUUUCACUGCGUUAGGAUCUCCUAUAAGACAAUCUACAUUAGAAAACCCAGUUUUCUGAACUUUUUACGUUUUGUAACAACAAUACUUUAAAAAAAAAACUCACUGUAUCUCUUUUGCAAUUUUAAAAAGUGAUGUAUGUUUUAUAUGCUCUAAAUAAAAAUAUUGAUAUUAA